GAAAGGAAACUAUAAGCAGCUUAUUACCAAUAGAGUUAGAAAAGGCAGUCGUGCCGCUUUUCAACGACACGUGCUAUAGUUGGAAGGAACAAACAAGGUACCUUAAGUUUUUGGUAACCAACACCCACAAAUUCGGCAACUACGUCAACUACGUCAACUACACCUGACGUAAGAAGAAAACUCUCAACUCUACUUCAAUACAAUACUUUGUACAACACUCAUAACUCAUCUCACCUCAUCUUACCUCAUCUUAUUUACCAUCCAUUCAACACGACCUCCUCCUCUGCUUUCUACGCGUAUCAAAAUGGAACAAGCUACACCGCGAUCAUUUCUAGAUAUCCCUGCCACCAUUCGACGUCGAAUUUACUGCGCAGCUGGCCUAGUCACCAACACUAAUAUCCACAUGAGCCACGAAGAACGUAGGGGAAUUCGUCUACGUAUGAGACCAAAGGACUACGAAGACGUACCUGACCUUACGUUUUCUCUCAACCUACUUAUCACCUGUCGAGCUAUCUACAAAGAGGUAUCUCAUCUACUGUUCUCCACCAAUUAUUUCUGCAUAAAAGAUCCGCAGUCCUUAUAUCAGCUUCCUACCUCUUUCAUAUCGUCUCUGUCAUCUUUAAAGUUCUCCCCGAACGCUAUCUACCCCAGGGAUUGUUGCGGCGGGUAUUCAAAAAGUCUCAGCAAUAUCAAACCAAUAGUCAGCACCAUCCCCGAUCACCGUUCUCUACUUGAAAGAUGGGAAAAUGCGGUACGAUUUAUCAGUUCGCAAAUAAAACCUCAAAACUUCAAGCUCGGCCUGAUUUGCGACGUGGCUGAUGAAGAGACAGCAUGUCUUGCUGUGAAACCCCUUCGUUACUUGCCUACCUUGUCCAGCUGCGAGAUCCGACUCAGCCAUAAGCCAGAUAGCCAACUUCAAGAUAUAGCCCGAAAGGCUGCCCUAGACGCCCUAGGACAGCAGCCAGUCGAGCAGCCACCCGAGAGCUUUCCUUUUCUACGACUUCCACUGGAGAUUCAGCUAGAGAUAUUAAAGUAUACCGAUCUAGUUACGCCUUUAAGCCAUGUUCAAUGGAUCUCAUCUGAUAAGUACCAUCUCGAAACUUAUUCUUGUGAAGAACCGCACGAGCCUCCGUUUCAUACAUGCCACCCUAAUGCUCACAGAGCAUGCACUGGUGAUAGAGAUCAGUGCCGAGUAUCAUGCCCGCAUCGGAGGUGUAGCAACUGUACCCAUUAUGCCUGCCAGUUCCAAACUUGUGGGAGAAAAUUGGAGGGCAAAUAUGCUUGCAUUACAGGUUGCUUUUGCAGUGUACGACAUGCCUCUUAUUCACCACGUUGCCGUUGUUGGCAGCCUCCGAUACCAUUGUUCCUAGUCAGCAAGGAAUUUUAUGCAGCAGCACAGAAUGUAUUCUUCUCUAUGAAUCAUAUCACUAUCAAUUACGAUUACUCUAUAUUCCCCGAAUUUGAAAAGGCAACAGUCGAAUAUUUUACCAGUUUCAUCUCUAGCUACGCACUACACAAUCUCCGAUCACUAGAGAUUCACAUGUACUAUCCCGAUUUUAGCCAGUGGAUACAAACCGUCCACUACAUCAAAGAUAAGCUUAUUAAUUUACAAUAUCUCUUCCUCAUAGUCUCUCCUGGGUUCUUACCGAGUUGGCCAGAAUUCCCUGAUACCAACCCAUACCCACGACCCACACUUGCGGAAGAAAGGGGCAUCGAUAUCGUGAGGGAGUCAGUCGACUAUGUAUGGCCAGUGAGAUAUAUAGGUUCGCCCAGUAGUGCUAUCCGGUUGUUUUUUGUGGAGUUUUCCUUCGAGGGCACAUCGGUGUACUACUAUAAGCGACAUAAGCAAGAACAUCUUCCUACUACUAUGAUCCGUAUGGAUAUCACAAACAUUCAGUCUGUGGAAGUUCAUGUCGAACGCGAGGUUUUUAGCGAUCUCAUAUGCGAGGUAGACGACAGCUCGUUAGCGUUGAAGUCGAGAAGUAGUGUAUGGGUAGAAGGUAUCUUAGCGCGCCCCGACCCAGAGGGCUAUGACGGAUAUGCCGACGGGUAAUCUAUAUUUAACCUUCCGCCGCAAAGUUGGUAUAUUUAAAGGCUAUGUCUUCAGUAUAGUUCUAUAAUAUACCUGCGCAAGUUAUUUUUCCAGGGUUGCCACUCGAUAUGGAUGAAAGCUAUUAUAGAAGUAGAAUCCUUCAGUGAUCUCGAUCAGUUCCUACAUAGGAAAUCUGGAGGGGUUCAUAGAGCCGGUUUGUGUUAGUUGAUAGCUGGUAGUUAUAUUAUUCUUGAUCAAAGCUUCCUUAAUACGUUAAAGAGGCCAAUGGUGAGGUAUUAAAAUACCCCGUACAAGCAUAGUGGUUAAGGGUUAGUAGAGAAACACGGGCGAUGAUUCAUGGCUCUUUGGCAUCCUGUGAGAUAAAUAGCUACGUUACGGAGAUUUAUACUCUUAAAAUAUAAUAAGUUAUCUGAU